AUGGCGCGCAACAUCUUGAUGCGCCAUCUGCCCUUCUCGGAGUCCACAACCACGGCGCAGGCUAUUAGCUACCUUCUCGGGGUUGCGCUCUUCUCUAUAUCCUUCCUGGUCUUCCUAAACAGCAGUAUUUCUUUUGUCAUCACCGAUCUGAUAGGUGUUCAUGAUGGCGUGGGCGAUAUUGUCGGCACUCUCGGGUUCGUCGACGAGCUGGUGGCCUUGAUCGCCUGUCCUCUCUGGGGCUUGAUCUCGGAUCGCCUUGGUGUUCGCUUCGUGGCUAUGGUCGGAUAUGCCGUCAUCGGCCUCUCUCUGUUUCUCUUCGUCCAGGCGUCGAAUGUUUACCCCCAGCUGCUCCUGGCGAGGAUUCUCUUUGCCAUUGGCGCCACUGCUACGGCCACGAUGGUCACGGCGACCCUUCCCUGCCUGACCGACGACUCUGAUUCCUCGGACCCCGAAACGGAACAGCCCACUCUCGUCCCUGGCCACAAUGGUAGCGAUGACGCACGGGAAAAGCCUUCCAUCCUCGCCGGCUAUGUUGGCCUCUUCACCGGCCUCGGCGCCCUCGUCUCUCUGGUCGUCUUCCUGCCUCUGCCCAGCCAGUUCAGCAAGAUCGAGGGUGUCGAGAUCGGCGAAGCCGUCCAGUAUUCUUACUACGUCGUCGGCGCGGUCGCGAUUCUUGUUGCGUCCUUUGUGUACAUCGGGCUGCGGAAGCUCAAGGGCGAGGAAGGCAAAGGUUUCCGGACGUUGUUCGGUCUGAAGAAGAGACGGCUGGCUGACGGGUCUGAGGCGCCGAGGCGGAGCUUCCUGCCGUACCGACAGCUCCUCCGUGACGCUAUCGUGCUCGGGGUGACAGACUCCCAGAUCGGUCUCGGCUACCUGGGUGGUUUUGUCGCCCGUGCCUCGACUGUUGCCAUCUCGGCGUUUAUCCCUCUAUUUGUCAAGAUCUACUUCCUCGACCAUAUCUCUGACGGGGACCAGCGGAAGGCGUAUGUCUUGGCUUCCAUUCUGACCGGUGUGGCACAACUGUUUGCGCUGAUCUUUGCGCCUAUCUUCGGGUACCUGUCGAGACGCCGGGGACGCUUCGAUUACCCGGUCAUUGUGGCCACAAUCUUUGGCAUCGUUGGCUAUAUCAUUUUCCCACACCUGGCCAGUCCCGAGGUCAAAAACGUUGAUGGCCGUGGCGGCUCACCGACUGUGUUUGUUCUUGUUGCGCUGAUCGGGAUCAGCCAGAUCGGUGCCAUUGUCUGCAGCCUGGGCUCUCUUGGCAAAGGCGUCUUGGCCGCCGACCCUCACAAGAAGGCCCAGCCUCCAGCAGACGAUCAGGUUGUUGACGGCGUGGAGGCCAACGAGGACACUUCCCUCCUCAACGAUGGGACCAAGCCGCAACCGAGGUGCACCCGGGUGCUGCUCAAGGGCACCAUCGCAGGGGUCUACUCGUGGUGCGGCGGUGCGGCGAUCUUGUUGCUGACAAAGUUGGGUGGAUUCCUCUUUGACACGUGGUCGCAUGGGGCGCCGUUCUACAUGAUGGCUCUGUUCAAUGCCAUCCUGCUCGUGGCCACGCUGGGAGUGAGUGUCGUGCGGCUGGCGAGGGAGCACAGGCACAAGCACACUUGAGGAUGGUCGGCAUAACAUGGAUGUACGAAGAAGAUUGGCUAGAUUGUAAGCGUUGGUGUGGAGUCUCUACUAUUUGCACCCUUCUUCAGGUUUUUUGGGAUCUCAUUGUACAUUUAUUAUGAAAAGGGCGGCUGCAGUCAUUCAAAGUUGGGCAGGCGAUGGAAACGUUCUUUAAGCUGGAACGCAUAGAUGGAUGUUUAGUUCCUUGAAGAGAGCUCUCUUUUCUUGGUAACCCACAAAGGCGUUUUGGUAGGCGAGGUAUCGACUGUGUCAACAUCG